AUGGCUCAAGAACCUACUCAAGAAAAAACCGAAGUUGAAGAAGGAAUAAACAAUGUAAUUGAAAAUGAAUUAAGCCACGAGUUUAAGGACGCUAAAACACAAAUACAUGUAUUUGACCCUGAUGCUCCUCCUGAACUAAAAGCCAAGCAGGCUGCGGGAAGUUCUAAUGUUGGUUUAACUGCAAUGCCAGCUGUCAAGGGGGUCGUUUCAGACGCUACUUUAGACCAGGUUUCAGAUAAAAAAGAUACAAAGGAAGAGGAGGAGUCAGUUUUACCAGGCGAUUUUCCUCAAGCACCAAAGCCUACCUCAGAAGCCCCAAAAUGGGCGCGUAUAGGGUGGAAAAAUGUCGCGGAAUUUGGUCCGACUGACAUUGAUCAUGAUAUUUUUGGCGAAUAUUUGAGCGAAUUGUAUUAUGGAAAUCUUUGGUUAAAUGCAUCUGUAAUUUUUAUUUCGGUAUUUGCUACAUGGAUAAUUACUUCUCUUGGUGGUGGGCUUGGUUGGGUUAUUAUAAUCUGUGCUUUUGUUGCAACUUACUACGCGAAUUCUAUGAAACGUUUUUAUCGCAAUGCACGUAGCGACAUUUCUCGUGAACUUGCCAGAGAAAAACUUGAAACAAUGACUGGUGAAUCAGUUGGAUGGAUGAACGAAUUUUUACGCCGUUUUUGGCUUAUUUAUGAACCUGUAUUAUCGGCAACAAUUGUUGGCAUUGCUGAUGGUAUAUUAGCUUCCGCAACUCCCACUUUCGUGGAUUCAGUUCGCUUGAAAAUGUUUACAUUAGGUACAAAACCAGCCACUAUUGAAUUUAUUAGGUCUUACCCAAAAACUGAGGAUGAUAUUGUGGUUAUGGAUUGGAAGCUUUCUUUUGAUCCAAAUGACCUUGCAAAUAUGACAAAGGCUCAAUUGAAAAACAAAGUUAAUCCAAAAAUUGUGCUUGAAGUUCGAUUAGGAAGGGGUGUGGUUGGCGCCGGUAUUCCUAUAUUGCUUGAGGAUAUGUCACUUGCUGGAAUUAUGCAAAUUAAAAUGAAGUUAAUAAACACAUUCCCACAUAUCAAAACUAUGGACUUAAGCUUCCUGGAAGAGCCAAAGAUAGAUUAUGUUUUGAAGCCAAUUGGAGGCGAAAUGCUCGGAUUCGAUAUUAGCAAUAUUCCUGGGUUACAUUCGUUUAUUCAAGAUCAAAUUCAUUCAACACUGCGUCCCAUGAUGUACGCUCCACAUAUAUAUACAUUAGACGUUGAGAGUAUUAUCGGUGGAUAUCCUAUCGAAUCUGCUCUUGGAGUACUUAAACUUAAAAUCAUGUGUGCAAAAGGAUUAAAGAAUGCGGAAACGUUUGGUACUUCUGAUCCUUAUGCCAAAGUAACUUUACACGGAAAUAAAGUACUCGCUAAAACAAAAACAAUUGAUGACUCAUUGAAUCCUGUUUGGGAUGAAACAUAUUUCCUGAUAUUAACAUCUUUGAACGAAGGUUUAAAUUUUGAAAUAUUUGAUUACAACGAAAUGUCUAGGGACAAGCUACUCGGCACAGCCGAGUUUAAGUUGUCGUCAUUAUUGGAUAGUCCAAAACAGGAAGAUGUUACAUUACCGGUAUUAGUUAGAGGAAAACCGCAUGGUGAAAUCAAGAUUGGUGCUACAUGGUACCCAGUAGUAGAAGCUACCGAGACAGACCCAGUUCCAGAAUCCAAUAUCGGUGUUUUGCGAUUCACAAUUCAUCAAGCUAAAGAACUUGAUCCAAGAAAUUCAUUAGUAGGACAUUAUAGUCCGUAUGCUGAAUUAGUCUUGAACGGGAAGGUUGUUCAUACUACAAGGACCAUCAAAAGAAAUAAUAAUCCAGUUUGGGAAGAACCGUUCGAAAUGUUCAUCACUAAUAAAGCUGCUGCUGAGGUAUCUGUCAAGGUUAGAGAUGCACGUGAUCUUACAUCUGAUCCGGUUGUUGGUAGCUGGAGCAGCAAGUUACAAGACUUUAUCGAUGCAUUGGCAACGAAAAACGACUGGUUUAACGUAACUGAUGCAAGUGCUGGUAAAUUGAGAUUAGGCUGUACAUGGAAGCCAGUAUUGUUUGAUCAUGAGUUUGAGCAUGGCGGAUACGAGGAUGCGAUUGGAAUGAUCAGACUUCACAUUAAAAAAGCUGAGGAUCUGAAGCGCUUACAGAUGAUAGGAAAAUCAGAUCCGUAUGUAAUAAUUCGAUUGAGCUCUACUUACCGUGGUCGUACAGAAGUAGUUCUAGAUACUCAAAAUCCAGAAUGGAAACACGAGCUUCAUUAUGUACCUGUACAUUCCUUGAAAGAGUCAAUAGCUUUACAAGUAUUAAGUCAUGAAAGCAGAGACUUUGGUUCAGUUGAUUUUUAUGUGGAUAAACUGGCUCAGCUGAAUGAAGAAGGAUUAUACCAAGCAACUGAGCCCUUUGAUGCUUUCCAUCCCACCUUACAAACAAAAAAAGUUAAAACUCCUGAAAAAGAUUCAGAAAAGGAUUCAGAAAAAGACACUGUGAAAGAUUCAGAAAAAGAUUCAGAAAACCUUUUAGAAAAGGACGAGAAAAAAGGCGAAACUGACAUAGUAAAUGGAGUUGAAAACAUUAAUGCGCUUGACUAUGAAUCUGGAAUAUUGGUUGUUCAAAUCAAAAGUGCCAAUCUGGAUAAGAAGGAUACCUCUGUUGAAAUUUAUGUUGAUAAUGGAUUAUUCCCUGUUUUCAUGACAAAACGAUGUAAAACGGCAAACCCUGAUUGGAAUCAAG